AGCGGGGAAAAUGAGCCCGGGCUCCGGGAUGGUCCUGGUGGCGCUGUCCUUCUUCGGCUCGCUGACGGCCCACAAUGGGGAUCUUACAGUCAGACCCGUCUGCAAGCCUGGUUUUUCUGAAGACGAUUACACGGCAUUAGUCUCCCCAAAUAUUCUGGAAGGGCAGAAGUUACUGAAAGUAAAAUUCAGCAGCUGCAGUGGGACAAAGGCAGUGCAUUAUGAAACCAACAACUUGGGUUUCAAAGUAGGGUCGGAUGGGACUGUUUUUGCUGCCCAUCAGAUGCAACUGCCGCCUAAGCAGAUAGCAUUCAAGGUGACCGCGUGGGACCGCCAAGCCUUGAAGAGAUGGGACACCCUGGUCAGAUUAUUUGUGGGCGAGAAGCCGUUGCUACACACCGGACACAAGCAAAAAGGAAAGAAGAGCACAUCCCUUGAUCUGCUUCAGCAGCCAAGUGUUACACUGUUUCCAUGGCCCCAGCAUCAAAACUCAAAUGGGCUGAGACGACAGAAGAGAGACUGGGUCAUUCCACCAAUCAAUGUGCCAGAAAACUCCAGGGGCCCCUUCCCACAGCAGCUAGUCAGGAUUCGCUCUGACAAAGACAAUGACAUCCCCAUUCGAUACAGCAUCACGGGAGUCGGGGCUGACCAGCCCCCCAUGGAAGUUUUCAGCAUCGACUCCAUGUCCGGCAGGAUGUAUGUGACUCGCCCUAUGGAUAGAGAAGAAAGAGCCUCCUAUCAUCUCAGAGCUCAUGCAGUCGACAUGAAUGGAAAUAAGGUGGAAAACCCUAUUGAUCUCUACAUCUACGUGAUUGAUAUGAAUGAUAACAGGCCAGAGUUUAUUAAUCAAGUCUACAAUGGAUCCGUCGACGAGGGCUCUAAACCAGGGACCUACGUGAUGACGGUGACAGCAAAUGAUGCCGAUGACAGUACCACCGCCAAUGGCAUGGUGAGAUAUCGCAUUGUGACCCAAACCCCGCAGAGCCCUUCGCAGAACAUGUUCACUAUCAACAGUGAGACUGGAGAUAUUGUCACAGUAGCAGCCGGAUUGGACAGAGAGAAAGUCCAGCAGUACACAGUCAUAGUGCAGGCCACUGAUAUGGAGGGUAAUCUUAACUAUGGCCUCUCAAACACUGCAACAGCAAUCAUUACGGUGACUGAUGUGAAUGACAGCCCACCAGAAUUCACUGCCACCACAUUCUCCGGGGAAGUUCCUGAAAACAGAGUAGAGGUUGUGGUUGCAAAUCUUACCGUGACAGAUGGAGACCAGCCCCACUCACCAAACUGGAACGCUGUCUACCGGAUCAUCAGUGGGGACCCUUCGGGACAUUUCAGCAUUAGGACAGAUCCGGUUACCAAUGGAGGCAUGGUCACUGUGGUAAAGGCAGUGGACUACGAGAUGAACAGAGCAUUCAUGCUGACUGUGAUGGUGUCCAACCAAGCCCCCCUGGCCAGCGGGAUCCAGAUGUCCUUCCAGUCCACGGCAGGGGUCACCAUUUCAGUCAUGGACGUCAACGAGGCUCCUUACUUCCCAUCGAACCACAAGCUGAUCCGGCUGGAGGAAGGAGUGCCCACGGGCACUGUGCUGACCACGUUCUCGGCAGUGGACCCAGACCGCUUCAUGCAACAGGCAGUAAGAUACUCCAAGCUGUCAGACCCGGCAAACUGGCUGAACAUUAAUGCUACUAACGGUCAGAUCACCACCGCGGCUGUCCUUGAUCGAGAGUCGGUCUACAUUAAGAAUAAUGUCUACGAAGCCACGUUCUUGGCGGCUGACAACGGUAUACCCCCAGCAAGUGGUACUGGAACUCUUCAGAUAUACCUCAUAGACAUCAAUGAUAAUGCACCUGAGCUCCUGCCCAAAGAGGCCCAAGUCUGUGAAAAGCCCAACUUGAAUGUUAUCAACAUCACCGCCGCAGAUGCUGACAUUGACCCCAACAUCGGACCCUAUGUCUUUGAGCUUCCCUUCAUGCCAUCGGCAGUGAGGAAGAACUGGACCAUCACCAGGUUAAAUGGUGACUACGCUCAGCUCAGUUUACGGAUAAUGUAUCUAGAGGCCGGCGUGUAUGAUGUCCCCAUCAUUGUGACGGAUUCAGGAAACCCUCCGUUAUCCAACACAACCGUCAUCAAGGUCAAGGUGUGUCCUUGCGACGAGAACGGUGAUUGUACCACUAUCGGGGCCGUCGCUGCAGCUGGCCUGGGGACGGGGGCCAUCAUCGCCAUCCUGAUAUGCAUCAUUAUUUUACUAACCAUGGUUUUGCUGUUUGUGGUGUGGAUGAAACGCAGAGAGAAGGAGCGGCAUACUAAGCAGCUUCUGAUUGAUCCUGAGGAUGACGUGAGAGACAACAUCCUGAAAUAUGAUGAGGAAGGUGGAGGAGAGGAGGACCAGGAUUAUGAUUUAAGCCAACUCCAGCAGCCUGAGACGAUGGAUCAUGUACUGAACAAAGCACCAGGAGUCAGAAGAGUGGACGAGAGGCCAAUUGGUGCUGAGCCCCAGUACCCCGUCAGGCCCGUGGUCCCCCAUCCCGGGGACAUUGGGGACUUUAUAAAUGAGGGUUUGAGAGCAGCAGACAACGACCCCACAGCACCUCCCUACGACUCCUUGCUGGUCUUUGACUAUGAAGGGAGUGGCUCCACGGCAGGAUCCGUCAGCUCCCUCAACUCGUCGAGCUCUGGGGACCAAGACUACGACUACCUUAAUGACUGGGGCCCCAGGUUCAAGAAACUGGCAGACAUGUAUGGAGGAGGUGACGAAGAUUAACUGACCUCACAUUAUCAGACAGAACAAAAACAAAAAAAACCAGAAAAGCAAACGGAAGACAGAGAAGCAAGAACUGUACAAAAGUGGCAGCUUUUUUAAUUACUCCCCCUGCUGACUGUGUUAUUUUUAGUGGUGAGUUAGGAGUUACUUUUUUUUUUUUUUCCAGAACAUUGAGCUGUCUAGCAUGAACACUUGUGGUCUCUGCUGCAAUUUUUUUUUUCAGCAUCAGUGGGGAUAUCGCUCAUUAUUUGCUUUAAAACUAAAGAGAGUGAAAGGCACUCUGUCUUAACUUGAAUUUCUUAGAACAGAAGCACUGUUUUUAAAAAAUAUAUAUAAAAGUGCCUUUUGGUACAUGUAUCAGAUUCCCUCAAUCUCAGGAGCGAUUAAAACAAAAAAGUCUCAACCAUCAUGGGCGGCACUCUCUAUGACCCUAAGCCAGUUCUAGCUGUGAAAGAGUUAACAAAGGAACUGUGGAGUUGUUUGGGUUUUUUUUUUUUUUUUGCUUUUUUUUUUUUUACAAAAAAGAACAAAACAAAAAGUGGGUGACUUGUUUCACAAAAUUAAAAAAAAAAAAAUGUUUUGAGUCCAAAUCUGAACAGCCAUCUUCUAGAGUACGCAGGUGGUGAAUUAGUCAUCUUUACUGUACAUAGUUUAGUGUUAUCAGAUGCAAGUAUUGACUGGGAUCUCUCCUCUCACCUGGUCACACUCGAUGUAGCUGCAUAGAACCUAACUUUGAUAAAGCCUUCGACUAUCCCUACAAAGAGUCUCCACUAGACCUGGCCAACACUCUACCACACAUCCCGAAAUGACCAAAUCUGCAUCUUUUUUGUGCUGAACUUUCAGCGUUUUACUCCCAGCUUUCGAAUCAUGUAAAUAGUGGCUGGGUGACACGCUGACGACAGGCAUCCAUAUCGAUGCUUGAUGGUUUCCAAGUACAAAUGCCAUUUUCGUUGCUUGAAGUUUCGCAGGGACUUAACCAGGCACCUCAAACCCAAGGUCAGUGUUAAUGCCAUUGCCUCUUCAAUUAGCUCCUCACCAUAACUUGAGUUUUUAGUUUGUCUAGUAGAGUGUUGAUGUCUCCAAGCAUCAAUAGCCAAAGCUGGGCAGCACCAUGAACAACACCAGCUAAAGUGUGUCCUUUAUACUGGUGGGUAUUAGACACUUCUGUCGAUAUUAAAUGUCUGCUGAAGAGCAACCAUGGCCUAACCAAUACUCUGUGGUUAGUGCUCUGAAUAUGCUCAAACAAUGCCAAUUUAGCGAGGGAUUUUGCAGCAUCCAGAGAGAAUUGAACCUCAGUAUUAGAAAUGGUAGCAAACUACCUAGUUUAUAUGUAGGGUCAUUUUUAACCAAUAACAAAUAGAUAUUAGAUUUGAAAACUGCAUUUUUUUCCUUUACUGAUUUGGACUUGUGGGUUUCCGUCUAAUGUUUGUAAAACGAGUUAGACUGCAUGGAUGUAUAAUGUAAACCACGUUUAAUGGAUUAUGAGCCACUUAAUUCAUAUGCUAUGAGUUCUUGGAUUCCCUAUGUUUUAUAUUCUGCGAAUGAUUUGCAGUGGGUAUGCUAAAAAUUGUAAAAGCGCUUAGAUCUCUUUUCCUUUCGAUCCAAGUCUGUGCACAGUAUCAAAAAGUGAUUAUCAGGGGAUGAUGAUGCUUUUUAUGAUUGUUUUGAUAUUUAGAUUGAUUCUCAAGUUGAAUGCUGAGCAUUAAAGUAGAGUGUGUGAGAGGGCCGUAGUAACAAAUGGAUAUCGUUGAGGAGAGCACAUUAGGCAGCAAGAUCUUGGCUUUAGAUUUUCAAAAUGCUCCUAGUGCAUUUUCUACUUGACUGUAGCAUACAUUUUCUAUAAAAUGCAAUUUCUGUAAAUUAAUGAGCAUUUGAAACAUGUGCUGUUUGGACCAGAAUGUGGAAAAUGAUGUAUGUGGAAGGGACACACUGGCUAUGUUGUGUCAAUUACAAAAUGUGUGCUUUCCCCCCUGCUCCUUAUUGUCUUUGUUUCUGGUUCAUCCUUUCAUUGUCCAGGAAGGAAACCUAUAUGGAGAGUUUCUGGAGGAAAGGAAAUGAUGGAUGGUAGGGCCCCAGGAAACCCUUAUAUGGCAAUGUUGAUAGUCCCAGGGCAUUACGAUUGGAAAUUGGUCUGGGGAUUGGGGAGUGGAGGGGUGGGGGGGGCAGGGGAGGCAGAUCAAAUUCCUUGCUAUACAGUGCAGGUUAUAGUACCUAAUGCCUGUCAAAGUCUUGUCUAUGGAGGGAGGUUCUCGACAUUGAUCACAUGGCCUGCAAACUGUAUGAAACCCCUCUUUUCAUUUCCACUGAAUCCCUCUUCCAACCCACUUUGGGGCAACCUUUCUGUGGGUGGUCUGAUUCACAUUUAUCUGAUGAAAUCCCUGCCAUCCCUUCCCUUCUAAGUCUCAGUUCCCACUCAUACUGAGUUUUGUUUUAUUUAGUGUUUUAAACUUUCUCUGGGGUUUGUCGAUCAUUCCGUCCUGUGGCCUUUUCUCUGUAUUAUCUCCAUCCCCUUUUGGGAAAGCAUCAGACUUGAACCUACAUCAUAAACAGGUUAAUACCUCCUAAUGGAAAUCCCCCUGGCAACAACAAAAAAAAAAGCAUUAACAAUAAAAAUGCACUUAGUGUGGCUUGAUGAUCAGUAGCCAUUAGUGUUUGUAUCUGAAGGGGAAUAAGGAAGAGGUGUGGGGGAGGGCGGAGGAAUCGGGGAGAGAAGGGAUAGGUGGGACAUCCAGUCUGAGAGACCUGAGAUAUAAGUAAAUAGAGGCCAGCAGUCACACUCUGGCCUGGAUUUUUUUCCCCUCUAUGCAGGCAGCCGGUCGCUGAAGAGCGUUCCUCACUGAAGCCAAGUGAGCAGCCAACCAAGGGGAGGGUGGGGUUGCCAGCCUUGAUGCUCCCCAGAUCUAAGCCUUGCUAUGCAAACUAUUUGGAGUCCUAUAGCCAAUGGGAAUGAUCUAAGCCACUUUUGGGGGCAGGUUGGGUGGGGGCUCGGAUGGGGAUUUGUGGCACUGUUGAUGAAGAUGUUUGUGGAAUGAUGGGGUUGGGGUUGCUGAAAUAUGAAUUUUUUACUACUGAAAAACUCAUCUUUAGUGGGCGACCCUUUAAAUCCGAAGAGUCGAUUCUGGAAUGUGGACACAAAGGACUUGAAAAACGUGAAUUUGGUUCCUCCCAGGCAUUUUGAACUGCAGCCAACAUAAGGCCUUUCCCUGAAAAUACGAGACCUAAAUAUAUUCUUUUAUCCCAUGCUCUCUCUAAGCUCUGAAUUUUCCCAGGAAAGGAAAUGUGAGCAUUUGCUUCAGGGGGUGAGGUGGUAGAUAUGCUACCGAGCUGCUCUCCGGAGAGAGAAAAUUAACUUGGCUAAGAUACUCUCAUUCUGUCUUGUCACUUUGAACAGCAAAUGUUUUGGAGGCCAGGUUCACCACCCAAGUCAGUAGCAUGAGAUGAAACCAUCUGGAAGAAAGUGAAGUCCGGGCCCCAUUCACCCUCCCUUCCCCUGGGAUCAGUCCAACCAGACCGGGCUUCAGGAGGAGUAGAAAGUAGCCAUCUCCCGUGCUCUCAUCCAUUGCUUCAGGCUUUCCAUUUAUUCCUCUUUAGAUCUUACCACUGCUUUCAGGCACUGUAGCAUCUCUGCAUGUAACCAGAGCCAUGUUCCACUGAGAUAAGAGCCAAUGGGACUUGAUAAUUUCCAAACUCCAGAUAUUCCCUCCCUCACACGCUCCUUCCCCUCCCAAAGGCAGAAAUGGUCCCCAGUAGGAGCCCCGGAGUAGACAUAGAUGGGGGUCACUCCCAAUCCAGGAGACCAGGCCCUGAGCCAUGACUUACCAAAACUAAUAGAACAAUCAGUGUCAGCGUAUUUAUUAUGUAGCUUGUACAUACAAAGGAAAUACACAUAAAAAAUAUCCCUUAGAGCAAAUAAGCAGACUGCAGCCAGUGGGAAGGAAAGAUGCUGUGGGCUUAAGAUUCAUGUUCUUUAGAGCAUUCUUACUCGGGAUGAUCAAUGAUCGAGAUCAGGAGGAGGGCCACAUGAUGUGGUUUGUAGGAAGUGCAAAAUUUCUCUGGCCCAUGACCAUUCAGUCACUCAGCAGUAGGGCUGCUAUCCCCAGGUAGGGGGCCACUAAGCAUUUGGAGGUUGUUUCUCCCGAGGAGUCUUUCUUUCCAACAUUGCUCAGAUUAGCAGAGUGGAGAGCCAAACACUGUGAAAAUGUUGGGUGACUAGGCCCCUGGGGAGCCUCUGGAUUCCCACGGGUGAGUCUAGGCCCUAGGCACUUACGUUCAACCAAUAAGACAACUUGAUUUUCUCCAAAAAUUUUCAGUUUCCCCAAAAGCCAAAAUAAGAGCCAUCUCAAGUAUGCAAAGGGAAAAAAAAGAAAACAACUAAAACUGCUCACCGCAAAUGAACAUGUAUGGACUGUAGGCCUUACUUAAAGCCACAAAUCAAAUAGGGAGAAAGAACAAAGGGCAUAUAUAGAAUCAAAAUGCUUUUUUCUUUUUUUCCUUUUUUUCUUCUAAUUAUUUUCUCCUUCUGCAUGCAUGUUUCUUUUGACAAUGGACACAAUGUGUAGCAGCCCGCAUGAUCGUGGUUGUUUUCGGGAAAGACUUCUGGUGUACAAUGUAUUCACACUGAAACUCCAAGCAUCGCGCAGUUAAAACAAGUUCUGACUUUUUUUGUAACUGUCAACAGCACAACUAUUUUGUAUUGUUGUUUGUACCAUUUUGUACCAAAAAAAAAGAGGAAAAAAAGGGAAGAGAGUCAAUGUUUUCAAUGUGUUUUUAGUGCCACUGCGAUCUUGGUUCAAAACUGAGUAACAGCUUUGCUGAUUUAUUGUGUAUCAAAGCUGAGCUGGGGCAUUGGCGCAUUGCUCCGGUGUAAUAAAUAAAGUCCCCCUUUUAAAAAGUC